AUUGUGUUGUCCCCACUACCUGGAGGCAGUCGCUUCUCUCUCCUGCCUGUGUUAACGUUGUUGCUGACUGAAAAGUGUAGUUCCUUUUCUGCAAUUCGCUGUGCUGCGAUAUAUGUAGAAUAAUUACUAGUAAAUGUUAAUUUGUUGGUGCUGUGAACUACGUGACCUGGGGAUUUGCAGGCAAUUUGACGAUCUGUUGAUAUCUGUCGAGCUUCGAGAACUUUUUUUUUCUUCGGAAAUUGGUGAACGCACUUACUGGCAGUGGCGCACUUGUGGAAAGUGACGCACUUGAGGUUUUUGAGGGCAGUCUUUGGAGGAUGAGCAAAUAGAAGAGUUCUUGGUGACGGAGAAGCACUGCUGUACAACUACAAAAACGUUGACAGUCAACACCACAGCUCUGAGCGUCUUCUAGCAUCAGCCAAAACAAAGAAACGAGUGCAACAUGUCGUACCGUGGUGCUUCCAGCAUGGGGUGUCCAAUAAAAAAGGACGAAUGCUCCCUCUUCAGCCUGUACCCUCGACAAGGGAGUGAGAGCCCGGUGUUUGGCCACGGAGGAUUCCGGGUCGAUACAGCCCUCCAAGACAUUGAAGCCAUUAUGGAGGCCGAGGACUCUCAGAGACUCAACAAGAUCUCGGCGCCAUAUGAGGUGCCGCAGUUCCCCAUUGAGCAGAUUGAGGACAAGCUCAAACUUCAGCGACAGCUCAGUGUCAUGGCUGUUGAAAGGGCACCCAGAUAUGAACCAUCAGAAACUGCUGUAGAUGAGGAAGAUGAAAAAGGAUUUGACAUGGAUGAGAUGGACUAUGUGCCUCAUUAUCAACGGGUCUUCAUUAGUGGCGAGGAAACGACUAGAGAUAAACAAGAACCUAAGGGCAAGUACAUCCUUGACAACUUGAUCACCAAUAUGCCAGUUGAGGAUAUCUCCAAGUCAUCCAAGCUUCUCACUGAGGCUCUCAGACUACGUGAAAAGUAUAUGGCAUGGGCAGUUCAGAACUUUCCCAUUGUGACUACUCGCUACUUGCGUCAGGCUGGUGUGGAAGAUCCCAUGGGCGGUGCCCGGCAGUAUGCUGGUGCUUGCAGUGAUCCUAAGAGUCUUGAAGCAGUGCAGGAGCUGGUGGGCUGUGAUGGGGAGAGUGCAGCUGACCAGUGCCUGGAUCACCCCAUCCAUCCACCACGUAAGGAAGUCAGCCCAUGGAAGACUGAUGUUCCUGAAAACUGUGGAUAUCGCUUUCGUAUGGUUGAUGGAGUUUUCCAGGUAUACUCAAAUGAGGAAGCUCUUCUUCAGAAUGAACAUCUAUCAUACAAUUAUCCAGAUUUGUCCCGCUACAUUCAAGACAUGAACUUGCUUUGUGCCCUCAUUGCAAAUGGCCCUGUUAAAUCAUUUUGCUAUCGACGUCUGCAAUACCUGACCUCAAAAUUCCAGCUGCAUGUUCUACUCAAUGAAAUGAGGGAACUUGCUGCACAAAAAGCUGUUCCACACCGAGACUUUUACAACAUAAGAAAGGUAGACACCCAUAUCCACGCUGCCUCUUGCAUGAACCAGAAACAUUUACUUCGGUUCAUAAAGAAAGCUGUCAAGACCCAGCCAGAUGAAAUUGUCUGCUGCAACAAAGGAGAGACGAUGAGUUUGACUCAAGUGUUUGCUUCCAUGAAUCUCACCGCCUAUGAUCUUUCCGUUGACAUGUUGGAUGUCCAUGCUGACAGGAACACAUUCCAUAGAUUUGACAAGUUUAAUGCCAAAUACAACCCUGUUGGAGAGUCUCGACUGCGUGAGGUCUUCCUCAAAACUGACAACUACCUUAAUGGAAGACAUUUUGGUCAUAUAAUAAAGGAAGUAAUGUUUGACCUGGAGGAAAGCAAGUAUCAGAAUGCUGAAUUGAGGCUUUCAAUAUAUGGGAAGUCAGCUGAUGAGUGGGAUAAACUGGCACACUGGGCUGUAGAGCACAAUGUGCACUCGGAGAAUGUGCGCUGGCUCAUCCAGGUGCCACGCCUUUAUGACAUCUACAAGAGUAACAACAUCAUUGAUAAUUUUGGCAUUUUCGUUGACAACUUGUUCCGUCCACUGUUUGAGGUGUCAGUCGACCCCAGUAGCCACCCAGAACUUCAUGCCUUCUUGCAAUAUGUGAUCGGAUUUGAUAGUGUUGAUGAUGAGAGCAAACCUGAGUCAGUAGUGAUGGACAAGGACACUCCACCUCCACAACUGUGGUCAGAGACAGAAAAUCCUCCAUAUGCCUACUACUUGUACUAUAUGUAUGCCAACAUUUGUACAUUAAAUCAACUGCGCUUAGAGCGUGGGUUAAACACCUUUGUGCUCCGGCCUCACUGUGGGGAGGCUGGAUCCAUCCAGCACUUGGUAACUGGCUUCCUGCUCGCUGAAAAUAUCUCCCAUGGUCUACUUCUGCGUAAAGCACCUGUCUUGCAGUUCCUCUACUACUUGGCUCAAAUUGGUAUAGCUAUGUCACCACUGUCCAACAACUCGCUCUUCUUGAACUAUCAUCGCAACCCACUACCAGAGUAUUUAGCAAGAGGGCUCCUAAUAUCUCUAUCCUCUGAUGACCCACUCCAGUUCCACUUCACAAAGGAACCUCUCAUGGAAGAGUACUCUAUUGCAACACAAGUGUGGAAGCUCUCACAAACAGACAUGUGUGAACUGGCCAGGAACUCUGUUCUUAUGAGUGGUUUUGAUCAUGAGAUGAAACAGUUUUGGAUUGGACCAAACUUCACACGUGAAGGUGUGGCUGGAAAUGACAUCAAGCGGACCAAUGUUCCUAACAUCCGUGUAGCAUACAGACAUGAAACACUGCUGGAUGAACUUAAUAAUAUCUUUCAACAUCCCUGGGGUGUUAAGGAGGAAAACUACACUUUGCAAUUUUAUGGAGUUCUGUUGCCUCCAAUCUGCAGGAUAAGUCUUGACAUAUUUAAUUAAUAUUAAUAGAGAAGAAUUAUGAGAUUUACCCCUCUUUACAUUAUAACAAGUAUACUGAGGUAUAAUUAUGUCUGCCCCUAAUGAGGAGGACAUGCAGUAUUGGUUUUCUUGAAAUUUCUUAUUUUUCUUUCAAAACUUCAAUUCAGGACCAGUUAACUUGAAACUUGGCAAGCUUGUACCUUGGUCCAAUACAUCUGGAUACCCUUGUUCACUUUGGUAACUUCAAAUAUUAUGUCGGGUCAAAGUUCAAACAACCCCAAAAUUUAUAUUUUGAGCUGUAGUGUGGGACUCAAUGGAGGAAAAAUUUUGUUUUCACUUGAAAAUGUUAACCUCUUUAAUUUAGAGAAAGUCUUUAAUAGCAUAUUGCUUCCAACUAGGGUGAUCUGCAGAUCUUAUAUUACUGUACAUACUUUGGUCUGUUUUAGAUAAUUCUUGUAAAGUAUAAGUUCUAUAGUGUUAGAAUAAUAGUUUUAUGAAGGAAAUUCUAUAUAAAUCAUAUUUUGUGUAAAUAAUUGUGGUAGGUUUUAAAUUAUAUAUAAUGUAUUAAAUAUAUUUUAUCAGGCAAAAGCUCUGUCUCGCAUAUUAUAUUUGGUAGGCGUGAAGAAUGUUGCUAGCCAAGGGAAGUUAGAAAUUGUAUAUGAAUAUUAUUUAAUAGAUUAUCUCCUAUUAAUAAGGUACAUGUAAGUUAUCUUAUUUAGCUCAUUUUAGAUAACAAUAAAGUUUGAUCUUAAGUGCUUUAGCUUAAGAAAUUUGAUGGGUUUGAGCACAUGUUUAGGCUGUUUGAUCCUGUUCAUCUGAGGAAGUAUUAUUAAAGUAAAUAAAUUCUUUCUCUGUUACAGGUUGACAAUCCCUUAUCCAAAAUCCUUGGGGCCAGAGGAAUUUCGGAUUUUGGAAUUUUCUAGGUUUUCAGAA